AUGGGUCAGACCUCGAGUACAUUUGUCGACCACGAUGCUGCGAAUGUCGAUAUUCCCGGAAAAGGCAAGCUCAUCGGGCGGGUUGGCAAGGACAAGACCACCGGUCAGCUCAAGUCACAACGCUACGCUGGUAUUCCCUUUGCCCAAGCACCACUAGGCCCACUUCGAUGGAAGCGACCCCAACCUCUGCCGCCGUCCUUUCGCUACGAUUCGGACGGUAGAAAAUACGUUGACUUUGCGGCUCAAAGUCUACAACCGACCAACUAUGCUCUCACGAACGGCAUCACUUUUCCCGAUGCACCCACGUUUCCGCAAAGCGAAGACUGCCUUUACCUCAACGUCUGGUGUCCAGUACAAGCGGAUGGGUCCAGACCACCCGGAAAGCGGCCAGUGCUCUUCUUCAUCCACGGAGGCUGGCUUCAGGUUGGCAAUGCAAAGUUUUCUCCCAAUGCAGAUCCAAGUGAUCUCCUUCAUGCAGCUGGGCUCGAUGCGGUCAUCGUCACGACAGCAUACCGUCUCAACGUGUUUGGCUUCCUUGCGCAUGAUGCACUGCGAAACGAAGAUCCGGAUCACUUGACUGGAAACUACGGCUUUUGGGAUCAGAGAGCAGCUCUCGAAUGGGUCUAUCACAACAUUGAGCAUUUCGGUGGCGACCCGACCAACAUCACCGUCAGUGGUCUUUCAGCAGGUGCGCACAGCACGCACAUGCAGCUCAUGCAUGAAUUCGAUCUAUCCACCCAAGAUGCAUGCUACAAUCCCAUGAUACGACGUAUCUUUCUUCAGUCCAAUGCGGCCAUCUGGCCCUCGAAAUCCGUCACUGAGACCCGAGAUCAAUUCGACGAGUUGGCAACUCUGCUCGACCUACCCGCCCAUCUAAGUGACAUCGAGAAAAUCGCACGCUUGCGCGACGUGGAUGCGUUGGCGCUUGUGCGUGUUUUGGAAACCAUGAACAUGCACACGUUUCGUGCGACCCGCGAUACGCGCAACCAGGCGUUUGUGAAACAAGAUUGGACAAGUGCCAUGAUGGAUGGACGCUUGGCCGGAUGGUGCCAGCAGCAAGGCGUGUGGUUUGUGAUCGGAGAGUGUGCGGACGAAGAAUGGGUGUAUCGCAAUAUCAACACGCCCACAGACCAGGCGGAUUUGGUAAGGCAGGUCAACAAUUAUUAUAUGCUAUCGUUGGUGGAGAAGAUGUUGCCGUACUACGGAGUCAAAAUGGACCAGCAGACGGCACGCAACGAUCAGCAGUCGUUCAAGGGAAGCACAAGUUCUGCUCGUUCGACAGGGGAAGAAGCGUCGCUGUACCAAGUCCUUGGAGUCAAGCCAUAUGCGACGUCUGCCGAGAUCCGCGCAGCUUACCUCGCUCAAGUACGUCGAUACCAUCCCGAUAAGCUGCAGCAGCUAGCGGGCAGCCACACACCUUGUCAAUUUCCUUCUAUCGACGCUGGCACCGUCACCGACGUGCUGUCAUGCGACGAGCUCAUCCGUCAACUCAAUCAUGCGUACAAGGUGCUCGGUGACGACCAACUCCGAAUGCAAUACGACGAAUCGCUUGCAGCUGCGCAUGCUUGCACUGAAUCACGGUCGCCGCGCAUCUCGGCGACGGUCGAGUUCGAAUCUUUCCACGUCUCGGAAACACAAGACUCGGUGGCGUUCAGUUACCCCUGUCGAUGCGGUUCGACGUACAACAUGGCCGAAGAUCAAGUGCACGAUCGAGUCCAAGUGAUCGGCUGCGAUGGGUGUUCGGAGUUCAUCCAUGUUCGAUACGACGACGAUGAUCAUGAUCAUGAUGACGAAGACGGACCACAUCUUGCAGACACGGCUGCUUGGUUGACACCACACAACGUUGCGCAUAUCUUCGGUCGCGUCUGCUCCGAUUCUCAGGUGUACAUUGCUCAACGCAUGCUCAUCCACGACCUGGUCGCUGGCGGGCUGUCUCCGGAUCGCAUCCUCCGUUAUCGCAUCAACUACCGCGCACGUGCUAUCGACGGUGCGCUAUCCGCGUAUCGAGGCGUCAGCCAUUCGUUCGAUGACUACAUCUGGUGGUUCAGCUGUCUGCAGCCUGACGAGCAAGUGUGGAUCAAGCAAUGGUUGACGCCGUGGAUCCUGUUUGUAAGCGGUCAAGAGGAGCAGGCGAGUAGAGAGUGGUACAAGGGCCACGUUGCCGAUCCAAGAUUGAUCAGGGUGUUGGAGCACAAUGGACGGCUCAGCGUGCAGGCGGAUGAGCGGUGGGCGGAGAAGGACAAGUUGAUCGAGCAAAUGAUGCGGCUCAGAAACGAGUUGGUUCAGGAAUGGUGA